AUGGGCCGCCGAGGGCAAAUGCAAAGGGCUAUUGCUUCUCAAAAAGAAAACUCGCGGGCACCAUUUUUGCCAAAAAGGCUGUCGAAAGAAAAACCCCAAGGGAAAGGUUUCUGCUGCGUUCCAACUAAGACCACGACCACAACCACUACCACAACUACCACCGCCACAACCUCCACGACUAAAAAAUCCACUGGAUUAACUACUACGAGUACGACCGUCGUUACUACGACCACUACACCAGCAGGAAAUACUACUACACCAACAGGAAAUACCACUACACCUGCAGGAAAUACCACUACACCAACAGGAAAUACCACUACACCUGCAGGAAAUACCACUACACCUGCAGGAAAUACCACUACACCUGCAGGAAAUACCACUACACCUGCAGGAAAUACCACUACACCUGUAGGAAAUACCACUACACCUGCAGGAAAUACCACUACACCUGCAGGAAAUACCACUACACCUGCAGGAAAUACCACUACACCAGCAGGAAAUACAAACGCCACUAACAUCACUGCUUUGAAUGCACAACUCGCAAUUCUUCUUGACCUCCAGAGAAGUCUUGUUAAUGUGUCAAAUGAGAUACAGGCGUCAUUAGAUAUUGUUAACAAUAUCAGCGCAACAGUCAAUGCCAGGAGACAUCGGCGAAACGUUGGCAUUCUCGAAGCCCUGAUCUCACUGCUGGACCAAGUCGUAGCAGCCACAGAUCGCAACGACUCGGCGUUACUGCUGGACCUCGCGCAGAAAAUAAAUACCCAGAGAAGUGACCUGGAGACGCUCGCCACUAAUGUCCGGACAAACGCCAGCCUGGCCGCUGAAAUAAAGAGCAGCGUUGCGACUACAAUCCAGAAAAUCCAGACAACAAUAGCCUUGUUAAGGGAGAAGGAUAACCAGAUAAAGCUCGAGGUUGAUAUUCUGCAGCAUCAGAUUUCGCAGCUGGGAGGAUCCACGGUCGCCUUCUCAACAGCCAACAUUCCGAUUGUGACAACAGCUAUGAGCACGUCCACAAUCUCUUCCAUAAAUACCACUACACCAACAGGAAAUACCACUACACCUGCAGGAAAUACCACUACACCUACAGGAAAUACACUACACCUGCAGGAAAUACCACUACACCUGCAGGAAAUACCACUACACCUGCAGGAAAUACCACUACACCUGCAGGAAAUACCACUACACCAACAGGAAAUACCACUACACCUGCAGGAAAUACCACUACACCUGCAGGAAAUACCACUACACCAGCAGGAAAUACCACUACACCUGCAGGAAAUACCACUACACCUGCAGGAAAUACCACUACACCUGCAGGAAACUCCACUACACCUGCAGGAAAUACCACUACACCUGCAGGAAAUACUACACCUGCAGGAAAUACCACUACACCAACAAGAAAUACCACUACACCUGCAGGAAAUACCACUACAUCAUCAUCAUCAUCAAGGGGCUAACGCCGACGGGGGCGCAUGGCCGCAUCCACCCUUCGCUUCCAGCCACGAGGAUCCCUCGAGGCGAGUCUCCAGGCAGGCACACGGCCCAUCUCAUCGUGGCGUAGAAGUCGGAGUUGCAAGUCCCUGCGCAAACUAUGAGAGUCCUGAUUGUCGGCCGCUGUUCUGCGUCUGCCCUCCUCUUGGUCGUCCAGGGUGCGCACCAAAGCGGAAGUGCGAUAACAUGCAAGGGAAAUGCAAAUCGAAAUGUGGUCUCAAGGAGCGACAACUGAAAGGCGCCUGCGAAGGGGACGGCUGCGUGUGCUGCUACAAACGUUGCAAGAAAAGGGAGAACACAUGUGACGGUUUUUGUGUAAAGACCAAAAAGGAAUGCAAGGGCGGCAUAUUCGCCGAAGGUGCCUGUAGUCGCGGGGGUUCUUGCUGUACGCCCCAAUGCCAGCCGAGGCGCAAAUGCAAAGAUGGCUAUUGCGUUCUCAAGAAGAAGAACUGCGCGGGCACCAUUGUGCCAAACGGCUGUCGAAAGAAACCCAAGGGAAAGUGUUUCUGCUGCGUUCCAAGAGUUCAAUUGGCAGAAUUUCAUCUCACUGAGACCUUGGAGGACCUGCGCCGUUCCUUGGUGCGCAUGGCUUGGACAAGGAACAGUUCCUCAGGACCUGCUGAGGAGGUUAAGGCCAUUUCUUGGUUACAUACAUUCGCCCUGCCUCCUACCCUACUGAGAUACAGGACUUCCUACUUAGCAACCAGAGAACCGGGAGCAUUCUGGAUUACCUCCUGGGAAUCCUACAAUAGACUGUAUCCUAGUGCGUUUGAGUCAUUGGUUAGGCAAGCUGUGUCCUUGUACAACACUUUCAACGCCUGCUGGACUGAUAGGGCAGAGCGUACCAGCCAACAGUCAGUGGUGGAGCAACCUGGACAAUAUCAAGGUCACCGACCUCGACUUUGCCGACGAUGUUGCCUAUCCUAUCUUUCUCUGAUCACUGGUAGCGGCUGUUGGUGCAUUAGCAAUGAGGCGAAGCCCUUGGACCCUAUAGGCUCCAUGGACCAAGAACCAGAUCCAGGAUUAUAA